AUGAAUUAUUUAAAUGACCCAUAUAUGAUAAAUAACGAUCAUGCGAUAAAUAGAAAUAAUUGUAACUCACAUGAAGAAGAAAAGAAUAAUAUAAAUGUAAAACAAAAUAAUAUAAAUGUAAAACAAAAUAAUAUAAAUGUAGAACAAAAUAAUAUAAAUGUAAAACAAAAUAAUAUAAAUGUAGAACAAAAUAAUAUAAAUGUAAAACAAAAUAAUAUAGAUGUAAAACAAAAUAAUAUAAAUGUAAAACAAAAUAAUAUAUAUGUUAACAAACAAAAUGUUUGUGCUUCAAAAUGUGUUCCUCAAAAUAAUAAUAUAACAUCAAGAAAAAGAUACAUAAAUUAUAAUAAUAUAAAUGGAUCUUAUUAUAAUAAUGCAAAUAACAAUUUUUAUAAUCAAUAUAAAAAAAAACCAAAAAAGAAUUAUAAUAAUAAAAUUUUUUGUGAAAACAAACAAAAUAGUUUAUAUCAUAUAGAUUUAAUAAAUAAUAUAAAUUUUUCUAAUAAUAAAUAUGUUAUGAAUAAAAUAAAGAAACCAUUUGAAACAAAUAAAGAAAAAAAAAGUUCUUCAUAUGGAUUAUAUAAACAUGUAAAUGACUCAACAACUUGUAUAUUAGACAAUCAAAUAUUUGAACAUAAUAAUUUAUAUUUAAAAAAUGAUACAAAUUAUAGAAAUAAAAAAAUAUAUUUAAGGGAUUCUCAAUAUAUCUGUAAUAAUAAUGGGUUAUCACAGAAUUCUCAUAAUACUCAUUCUUCCAUAUUAUCAAGUGAAGACAUACUUAUAAAGAAGAGUGUUAAAAAUGGAUCAUAUAACACUAAUGACAUUAAUGAUGAUACUGAUUGUUUUGAAAAUGGAAUAAGUGAGACUUAUAAUAAUUUAGAUAUGAAUCAUAUAAAACAAAAUGAACAGAAUAUUGAUGAAAUGAUUGAAAGGGAGGAAUAUUUAAAAAAGAAAAAUAUAAGAAAAUAUAAUGAUGAAGAAAUAAAUAAGAAAAAAAGAAAUCUAAAUAUAUUAUCAAAAAAUGAAAUAUUAAAAGAUGCUGUAGAAUAUUUUCAAAAUUGUUCAUCAAGAAAUAAUGAUAAUAAUAUAUAUUGUGAUAGUUCAAAUGAAGAAGAGAUGAAUAUAAAAAAUUUUUAUUAUAAAGAAAAUAUUUGUUUUGUAUGUAAAGAAAAAGAUUAUAUUUAUAAAUGUCCAUAUUGUGAAAUGCGUACUUGUUCUUUAGAAUGUUCAAAAAAUCAUAAAAGGAUUUUUAAAUGUGCUCAAAAAUUGAAAAAGAAUUUAAAAAUAAAAAAUGUUAGUAAAGGUAAUUUUGAUGAAUCUAUAUUAUAUAAAGAUUUUCUUUAUUUACAAAAUAUAGAAAAUAUAAUACAAGGAAAUUAUAAAUAUAUUAAAGUUAAAGAUUAUGAAACUACAAAAAUAUGGUUAUUACAUAAUAAAAAAUUAAUUAAAUUAUUAAAAAAAAGAAAAAUCAUUUUAUUAAAAGCACCCAUAUUUACAAAAAUACAUAAUGAAAAUAAAACAUUCAUAUCUAAUCAUAUUAUUUUCUGGUCUAUCAAAAUUACUUUUAUAAAUAUUAAUAUUAGAAUUUUUUAUCAUGAAAUAAAUGAAAAUCUAACAUUUUUACAAGUUAUUCAAUUUUUAUGCUCAAAAAUUCAUAAACUACAAACAAAAAUUUCUAUAUACCUUCAAAAUGUUAAAUCGAUAUAUAUAUCACUCAAUAAUGAACACACAAAUGAUAAUAAUAAUAGUAAUAAUAAUAAUAAUAGUAAUAAUAAUAAUAAUAAUAGUAAUAAGUGUGAUAUGAAUAAAUAUUGCUCGAUUCAACAAGUUCUAAGGAAGUCAUUAUAUGGAAAGACCUUUUAUGAAUACCCUCAUUUUUAUAUGGAACUUUUUUAUGAAGAUAAUAAACUUCUUACAAAUCCGUUAUAUGACCUUGAGCAAAAAAUAGAGGAGGACAAUCAUCAUACUCAUAAACAGGAUGAAGAUAAAUGUAAGGAUAAUGAUAAUGAUGAAGGUGAUAAUGAUAAUGAUGGAGGUGAUAAUGAUAAUGAUGGAGGUGAUAAUGAUAAUGAUAAAGGUGAUAAUGAUAAUGAUAAAGGUGAUAAUAAUAAUGAUAAAGGUGAUAAUAAUAAUGAUGAAAGUGACGAUUAUAAUGAUGAAGGUGAUAAUGAUAAUGAAGGUGAAGAUGAUAAUGAUGAAGAUGACAAUUAUAAUGAUGAUGAUGAUAAUGAUAAUGAUAAUGAUAAUGAUAAUGAUAUAGGUGAAGAUGAUAUGAAUAAUAAUGAUUAUAACAAUAUGUAA